AUGGAUUCGAACAGUCUUGGCCGAAUAGAAGGAGCCUUGAACAAUUUGAUGCGCCAGAUUACAGCGCGCAUAUCGCAGUUAGAGGAGGCAGCAGACCAAUCAGUACAGGCCAGCCAACGUGGAGCUGCUAAUACUAUGCAAGGUGCUGACGAGCAAAUCGCCAGAACCAAGCGAAUCAUGCAGGAAAUGGACAAACUCGACGCGAAACUAGAAGAAGUCGACCAUGUUUGUGACGUCGUCAGGAAACUCAAGAAGCGAUGUGAUGCGGCUGGGGGUCGCCUCGACAAUAUCGCCGUGGCCAGAGCCUCACAACAGCCUCGCCCACGUUGA